AUGGAAGAGCAGCAGGCGUCAGCGCCAACCGCUUCAGGAUCAAAAUCGGAAGAGUCGGUGGCACUUGCGCAAUUGGCAACCAACAGGGUGAGGAUUUCCGCAGUGGCGCUUCUCAAAAUGGUUAUCCAUUCAAGACGAGGAGGGAAUUUAGAAGUUAUGGGACUCAUGCAAGGUCGAGUAGACGGAAAUGCGUUCAUCAUCAUGGAUACGUUUGCUUUACCCGUGGAGGGGACAGAAACAAGGGUCAAUGCCCAAGCACAAGCAUACGAGUAUAUGUCGGUUUACACUGAUCUUUGUGAGGUUGAAGGCAAGAAAGAAAAGGUUGUUGGUUGGUACCACUCACAUCCUGGCUAUGGAUGUUGGUUGUCAGGAAUUGAUGUUGCAACUCAGAGUCUAAAUCAGCAGUUCCAAGAGCCGUGGAUUGCUAUUGUCGUGGAUCCAUUACGAACCAUGAGUGCUGGCAAGGUUGACAUAGGAGCAUUUCGAACUUACCCUCAAGGAUACCAACCACCUGUGGAGGAAGGUCCGUCCGAGUAUCAGUCUAUACCGCUUAGCAAAAUAGAAGAUUUUGGUGUCCAUUGCAAGCAGUAUUAUUCACUGGAUGUUACGUUUUUCAAAUCCGAAUUAGAUUCCCACAUUCUUUCUGCUCUUUGGAAUACAUAUUGGCUAAACACGUUGAGUAGCUCCCCUCUACUGACAAAUGCUGGAUAUAUCAAUAACCAAAUUGGGGAUUUGAGCAUGAAGUUAAGACAGGUAGAAAAGAAGUGGGCGCGUUGCGAGCGAGCUAACGACGUAAUUGAGCAAUUGGACAAGGCUGUGAAAGACGCACAUACAGUGUGUUGUGAGUUGUCAUGUGGUGUGCUGAUGCAGCACAUCAAGCGUGUAAUGUUCAACCGUGGCGAAAGUUUCGAGGAGAGUGCUGAUCAACGAGUUGACGAAGAGCCUGUUAUCGACUUCAUUUCCGCCGAAGACGUUGCUCCUCCGGCAUCUAUAGAUGAUGCGGAGUUGCCGGAAGAAGUACUUCUAGUAGAAACGGUGAAUUAA